CCUUCCUAUAUUCUAUCAGAUAUAACCAAUAUAUACACCAAUCUCUCUUCAUCAUUUACAAUCAUUAAUCUCUUUUCGUCAUUUAUAAUCAUAGCACUAACAACAACAACAAAAAAACGCUUUGAUCUCAGUUCAACCUUAAUCCUUGAGAACCAUAAAGAUGACGACGGAGUACUACAAAGAAGACGAAGGGAUUCAUUUUGAUCCAACGUACGAAGAAGUCAUCCACAAGUAUCUUAAACCGAAGCAAAGAGGUGAAGACUGUGGAGACUUCAUAUUGAUGAAGGAUGUUUAUGCCAAGGAGCCAUGGCUGCUGGACCAUCCCAACAAUUCUUUUUUCAAGGAAGACGAAUGGUACUACUUCUCAACAAGGACUCAGAUCUCCGAGAAGAAGAUUGGUCGUGGUAAGUACCCGAAGCGGAAGAUAGACAACAACGACGGCAUCGACCGCGGGAACUGGAGGAUAAAUGCGAAAGAAGAUAUCAUCGACAAGGAUACAGGGGAUAUCAUUGGGAUCAAGAAAAACCUAACUUAUAAGGGCACCAACACGAACAAGAAGCAGAAGAGAGGAGACGGUGCUUCUGCUCCAAGCAGCGAAAGCGGCUGGAUUAUGGACGAAUUUGUAAUUGUGUUACCGAAACCGGACGAAGAUAAGUUUCAGGAGCUAGUCGUCUGCAAGAUUCACAAGAAAAAGGAGUCCAAGAAGGACCAUCAGCAUGAAGCUUCUUCUUCCUCAGAGCAGCAGCCGAUCAAGAAAAGGAAGUCCAAGAAGGAGCAUGAGUCUGUUCUAGCUGCGUCUUCCGAGCAGCAGCAACCAUUAUUAUGCGGUUGUAAUGAAUCAGAGAUUCCGAAGAUAGCAUCAUCUCCUUGUUCUGCUGCGGAAACAGAGAGAAACGGGGAGCAGAGUGGAGAAGGAAACAUGGUUCACCAAACAGAGAAGAAUGCCAUGGAGAUGACACGGGAAGAAGAAGGAGAUUGGAUUGCCGAUAAUGAUAUAUUUGUAAACCGCCAAUAUCGUGAUCAACCAUACUCUUGGAUUUGAGAAUCAGUAGACAAGCCGAUGAAUCAGUAUGAAGCUCUCUACUUCACGAAAACCGUUCAACAUUCUUGAAGAGAAGAUUUUAGAUAUCGUAGUUAACUCUUCUUUAUUUAUAAUUGUAUCGUGAGAUGAUGACUCUGCUACAGUCAAUUUGUUUAGUAAAUUUAAUGUUACGCUUUGUUUAGAAACUUUCAUGAAUAAAUCAUACCAUUCUUUUUUUUUUUUGGUUUGAUAACUGAUUGUGCAUUGAAAUGUAAAAGAGACAAGUACAGGAAGUAGAGAGGAAGCCAAGUAUACACGUAAACAUUGUAUGAGGAUAUCUUUGAAGAAGUAGGAGAGAGCUAGUGAAGAAUGUCACUGAAGCUUGGGAUAAAUAUGUUCACCGUGAAGAAUGUCACCGAAGAAUUCUUCACAUUAAAACCAAAAAA